GCUUUAUCCAGUGGGAACUACUACUACUACCACUACUACCACUACUACUACCACUACUACCACUACUACUACUACUACCACUACUACUACUACUACUACUACUACUACUAAGAAGAAGAAGAAGAAGAAGAAGAAGAAGAAAGAAGAAAAAUAUAAAAGAAGAAAGAGAAAGAAAAAAAUAGAAGACAAACAACAACAACAACAACAACAACAACAACAACAACAACAACAUGGAAAGCGCAGUGACGACCUAAUAAAAAAUGGGAUUCAGGAUGAGGCGCGCCAAAGUCAUAAUACUGGCGGUGGCGAUGGUGGUGGUCAUUAAUCUUUACUUCCAUACAACGCAACAACAGACAACGGAGAGAAAAAGACCAUUUCAAAUUAUACCACGGAAAAUUGAAGAGGAGGAAGAAGGAGAAGGAGAAGGAAGAGGAGGAGGAGGACGACGAGAAGGAGAAGCAUUAAAAGAAGAGACAAACAUAAAGGAAGAGAAGAGGGAAGCUGAGAAGAAGAGGAAGGAAGAGGAGGAAAAAGGGGGAGGAGAAGGAGGAGGAGUUAAAAAGGAACAGAAAACGAAGAAAGAGGAGGAGAAGAAAAAUAAACCUGGAGAAGGAGGAGGAGGAGGAGGAGGAGGAGGAGGAGGAGGAGGAGGAGGAGGAGGAGGAGGAGGAGGAGGAGAAGGAGCAGUAGGAGGAGGAAACAAGAGAAAUCAAUUUUGGGUGGAGGAAAUGGAGCAAUAUUCUCCCUCCCAAAUUGAUGUGAAGGAGAUGAGUGGAGAGAUGGAGGAAAGAAGGAGAAAAGUGGAGGAAAGAUGUCGGGAGGUGCUGACGAUGGAGGAGAGACAGAAGGAGAUAAACAGCAAUGAGUUUUUGAUAAGUGACAAGUACAAACUCAUCUGGUGCAACAUUUUCAAGUCCGCCAGCUCAACGUGGAUGUACAACUUUUUACUAAUGGGCGGGAAACAAGCUGAAGACCUAAAGAAACUGCGCAAUUCCCCUGUAGAAGCCGCCCGGAGCCUCUACCCGCGCCCGUCGCCUGCCCAGCUGCGGAGUCACUUGGCGCGCGGAGACAAAGAGCGGUACUUGAGCUUCCUUAUUGUACGUGAACCUUUCCAACGGCUCCUCUCAGCGUACAGGGACAAGAUCGAGACUAUAGUGCCUUAUUACAAACCACUUCGCUGCCAGAUCAUCAAGAAAUACCCAUUGAAGGGGGAGAAGGCAGGAAGCAGUUUGAGUAGGGAGUGCAAACCUACUUUUUCCCAGUUUGUGUCUUACUUGCUGGAUGAGGAGAGCGAGGGAAAGCCGCCUAAUGAACACUGGGCACCCUAUUACACUUUCUGCUCGCCUUGUGCUGCCUCCUUCGACCUCGUGCUGCGGUUUGAGACCUUGCAUAAAGAUGAAAUGUUUUUGUUGGAGAAGGUGCCCGGCCUCUCCCAAGUGGUGUCCCCCAAGGUGAUGCACAACUCUCACUUCAACUACACCGCCCUCACCGCCUCUUACUUCACCCAGCUCUCGUCUCAACAACUUCUGGGACUGUUAAAAAUAUAUCUGCCUGAUUUUAGAUUGUUUGGUUACAAUGAAAGGCCGUAUCUUGAUUAUGUGAUGUAGUGGUGGUGGUGGUGGUGGUGGUAGUAGUAGUAGUAGUAGUACAUAUCUUUUUAAUAACUAAAGUCAAUGUAAUGAAAAUUAAUAAAAAAAUAUUUCCGGUGGUGGUAAACAAGAAAUGAAUAAAAAUAAUAAUAAGAAGAAUAACAUUACAAAGAGUCUUAUAUCGAAUGUGCAGCUAAAUAAACAAAAACAAAACAAGAAAAUACUGCACUCAUAUUCAUCCAACAGUCUAAAGAAUAUGAAGAACCAGUGAACAACAAAAUAAACAAACAAAUAAAUAAAUAAAUAAAUAAAUAAAAUAGCCAUAUCCACCUUGCUACAGAACGAAGGUGAAAUUAAAUAACGAAAUGGUAAAUAAAAUAAAGAAAAAUGGAAAAGAAAUCACAAAAAUUACGUACCUAAAUAAUGAAAACAAUAAUUAAUCUUUACAAAACUGAAAUAAUUCGGACUUAAAUAUAGAAAAAUAACAAUAAUGAAACAGAAAAAGGAUAACUCACAUAACAGUGUAGAAAUGCGAAGAACAGUAACAAGAACAACAACAAGAACAGACACAAUAACAACAAUAACAAGAACAACAACAACAACAGACACAAUAACAACAAUAACAAGAACAGCAACAACAACAGGCACACAAUAACAACAAUAACAGCAAAGACAAAGGAAAGAUAAACACGGUAACAAUAAUAACAAUAAGAAAAACGUUAGAGGAUAAAGAUAACAACAACAACAACAACAACAACAACAACAACAACAACAACAACAACAACGACAAUAACGACAAGAAAACAAUAAAUAAAGAUAAACAGACGGACAGACAGACAGACAGACAGACAUAAAGACAGAUGAAUAGACAUACGAAAUAACAUCAAUAGAUAAAUGAAAUAAUAAGGACU